UCAGCGCUGAUCUACAGAGCAAAGCAUUCAGUAUCUUUGGCAUAGAUGAAUUCCGAGAGCCUAACUCUUCGACCAUUCAGGGUGAGCGAUGUGGAUGACUUAAUACUGUGGGCGGGUGAUGAGCAAGUCACUCGAACCAUCCGAUGGAAGACCAUCACCUCUAAGGAGGAAGCCUUGACCUUCAUCAAAGAAGUCUGCAUCCCCCACCCUUUUUGUCGAUCCAUAUGUAUAGAUGACCGCUCCAUCGGCUUUGUUUAUGUCAUCAGGGGGUCGGGCGCCGACAGACAUAAGGCGGACAUGGGGUAUGGUGUAGCCGCGAAGUAUUGGGGGCAGGGGAUUGCCACCAAAACUGUGAAGAUGGUUAUAUCAGAGGUGUUCAAGGACUUCCCUGAUCUGGUAAGGUUGCAAGCAGUUGCUGUGGUGGAGAACAUUGCUUCUCAGAGGGUGUUGGAGAAAGCUGGAUUCACCAGGGAGGCUUUACUCAGGAAACACUCAUUUCUCAAGGGCCAAUUGAAAGACUUGGUGAUAUAUAGUCUUUUGUCCACUGAUUCGAAUGGGGCCUUGGAUGAUGAAGUAUGAGAAAUAGCAUCAUGUAUUUGUAUAAUGGGAUAUUAUUUUUAAUGGAAAAUGGGUAACUAAUUCCUCUCACA